AUGACGACGCCUGAACCGACACCGACCGAAACGAGCACCCGGCCCCCCACACCAACAGCGACACCGGCGACGCCGCCGCCGCCGCCACCGGCGCAGCAACAGCGCGCGAUCACCCUCGCGGUCCGCCUCCCCCCGCCCAGCGGACUGAGCCUGACCGUCCGCGUGCCGCUGGUCACGUACCCCCCGCGCCCGGCGAUCGACGUCGUGGCGACGCUUACCCAGCUGCCCAUGUACCUCGACGGCGUGCGGCGCGAGGUGCUGCGCUGGGAGGCCGAGGCGCGGGCCAGGGCUGUUAUGCCGUUGCCAUUGCCGCCACCGCCGCCCACCAGGGUGCCUCUGGGGACACCGACACUCCGCCGGCCUGGACCGAUGCGUACCACCGUAGGCAAGAGUCGUGUCGACUCGAGCGUGCGCUUCGAGACGUGCAUCAUUGCUGGCCCGUCAAGCUCGGCGCUCACAUCAAGUUCGAGCUCCGCGGCCACCUCCGCAUCGACGUCCCGCGCCACCUCGCCCAGCACGUCGCCCGAGCCUGAGACGCCCCCGACCCCACCCGCCGCCAGUCUCCCAAGUGUUUCAAGCCUCUCGCUCCCCGUGCCCUCGUUCACGCCGAAGCGGCUGUACCCGAGCUACGAGACGCCCGCCAGCUGCCACCACCACCACCCGUACGCGCGGCCACUGUCCGCUAUCCGGCCGGGCCCGCCACGCCAUACCGCACCAGCAGCAGCACCGGCACCAGUCGACCCUGUCACCACCGCGCUGGCAGGCCUCGAGCCCAUCUCGGCCCUCGCGGCAACAUAUGUCCGGCUCGACCUCCUCAUGACCGAGAUCGAGGCAGGAACGACGCGCCACAUCCUCCCCGCCACCACGCUCGCCGCGCUCGCGGCCCAGCGGACGGCUUACCUCGCUGUCCUCCGCCGCGAAGUGUACGCCUGGGUCCGCCGCCUGCCUGGCUCCGUCGAGGAGCGCCGCGAGCUCCGCGGCCUGGUGCGCGGGCUCGCGCGCGUCCUCGCUGAGCUUGGCCGCGGGCUCGAGGCCGGCCUCAGGGGCGUUAGUAUCAUAGAGCAUUAG